UGACAACACCUCACCACGCCUGCGCAAAGAAAUACAAGAUGGCGGAGAGUGCGGAACUGAAGCAAAUGGUGAUGAGCCUGCGGGUGUCGGAGCUCCAGGUGCUGCUGGGCUACGCCGGGCGCAACAAGCACGGACGCAAGCACGAGCUGCUGACCAAGGCGCUGCAUCUGCUGAAAGCCGGCUGCAGCCCCGCCGUGCACAUGAAGAUCAAAGAGCUCUACCGAAGACGUUUCCCGGCCAAAAUGGUCUCUCACUCAGAGCUGGCCUUGCCUGGGCCGCACCACCCGGCCACAGCUGGAGUGGUCGGGGGAGGGGGCGCGGCGCUGCCUGCUGGCCUGACGCAGCUGGCUUACGAGGGUCACGCCGGUCACGGUGGAGCCCCAUCGCCUGCUGCGUUACUGCCGCUCUCGCUACUCGGUCCUGGGAAACACGAGCUGACCGGGCUGACGCACCACUUGCCCUCCUCAGCGACACUGCAUCCGGUGCAUCCAGAUGUUAAGCUCCAGAGGCUGCCCUUCUACGACAUGCUGGACGAACUCAUCAAGCCCACGAGUCUAGCGUCAGACAACAGCCAGCGGUUUCAGGAGACAUGUUUCGCCUUCGCUUUAACGCCGCAGCAAGUUCAGCAGAUCAGCAGCUCAAUGGACAUCUCGGGGACCAAAUGUGACUUCUCAGUUCAGGUUCAGUUGCGGUUUUGCCUGUCGGAGACCAGCUGUCCUCAGGAAGACCAUUUCCCCCCCAAUCUGUGUGUGAAAGUAAACGGGAAGCCGUGCAACCUGCCGGGUUAUCUUCCUCCAACCAAAAACGGUGUCGAGCCCAAGCGGCCCAGCCGCCCAAUCAACAUUACCUCACUGGUCAGAUUGUCCACCACAGUCCCCAAUACCAUCGUGGUGUCGUGGACCGCUGAGAUCGGAAGGAGUUACUCGAUGGCGGUGUACUUGGUGAAGCAGCAGUCGUCCACAGUGCUGUUACAGAGACUGCGAGCUAAAGGCAUCAGAAACCCAGACCACUCCAGAGCACUCAUAAAAGAGAAGCUAACAGCCGACCCAGACAGCGAAAUAGCCACAACCAGCCUUCGAGUGUCGCUCCUCUGCCCGCUGGGGAAGAUGCGGCUGAUGAUCCCGUGCCGGGCGCUGACAUGUUCCCACCUGCAGUGCUUCGACGCCACACUUUACAUCCAGAUGAAUGAGAAGAAGCCCACCUGGGUGUGUCCCGUCUGCGACAAGAAGGCGCCGUACGAGCAUCUCAUCAUUGACGGGCUUUUUGUGGAGAUCCUCAAUAGCUGCACGGACUGUGAUGAGAUCCAGUUUAAGGAGGAUGGCAGCUGGGCCCCCAUGAGGUCUAAGAAGGAAGUGCAGGAGGUGUCCUCUGCUUCCUAUAACAAUGGGCUGGAUGGCUCAUGCCGGACCGCCGCAGGCUCAGAUCAGCGGAGCUCCUCGGCGUCCAGCCACGGAGGCAGCGACAGCAGCAACGGCAAGAAAGUGGAAGUGAUCGACUUGACACUGGACAGCUCCUCAGACGACGAAGGACCGGAUUCGCCUCCGCCGCCGCCCCCAACGCUGCCUCCUCCUAUCAAAAGAGCGUGCCCUUCGAUGUCCCCGACCUCGCCACCUGUCAUCAACAAAGGCGUGUUGAACCUGCACCAUCAGGCCUCUCCUGUGAGCCGUACCCCCAGCAUGCCCGGGAUAGACACCAGCUACAUCCCUCCUGUCCCCCCUCUCAUCCAGGACUACAGGCCCUACUACCACACCCCCAAUGACCUUUCAGAGUUGAAUUUUUUCUCUUUUCUUCAAGGGGACAAUCAUCCGCAUUACAACAUGGUUAUGGCAGCAGCGGCGGCUGCCUCGGCCUCAGAAGACCACGAGCUGCUUCUCAACCGCUUCAUGCCCUACACCACCUCCUCCUCCGCCUCCCACCUGUUCCUCGACCAAUCGGCAGCCUCUUCUGCGCCUUCGCUGACAGUGCCGACCAACGGGGCGAGCAAUUCGGGCAGCACCAGCAGCCUGGUCUCGUCCAGCAGCCUCCGUGACACUCAUUCGACACACUCGUCCUCACAUUCGAGCUCACACUCCUCACACACGCAUCCCGGGGUGGUGGCCAGCCGGAGCAGCACUGAAGCAGCGGUGGCGGCUAUUUACGGCGGGAUACCCGAUGUUAUAUCGUUGGACUGACCCUGGAUGAGUGGAGACGACGGCGCGGGCACAGCUGGAAUCCAGUAACAAAACCCGAUCACAAACUCAACCGCGAGGGGUGACUUUUAAGAAACUAGACUGUGCCCCCCCCUCCCCCCCCCCGAGUCAUCAAACUCUGAACAUUCGAGGAGCCGUGACGACGAGUCGAUCUCAAGAAGAGCACUAAUAAUAUGAGCGGAAAACUGACCCGAGUCCAGUCCCAAGUCAUCGCUUAAAGGUGUGGACAUUGUGUUGGUGUGCUGACUUCAGAUCAGAAACCUGUCCAGCAUGUGAACCCACGUUACUGCUAUACUGGUACCAACCCGGCACAACGAGCAAAGAUGCUACCUGAGCAAAAACACAAAGGAGGGGGGGAAAAAAUCUCUUGUUUUCUUUUUUUUUUUAAAUAAAAACAAAGGAGCGGCACCGUGUACAGAGAACAGAAUCUAUUUUCCUCUUUUACUUUUGUAUGUUAAAUCGGGACAAUUUCAGUCUAGAGAGCUGCUUCAGUCGCUGUUUGUAAGUGGAGGACUGAGUCGGAUUUUAUUUUUUUGUGUGUGUUCUCACACAAACACGAGCUCAUUCAUAUGCCUGUUGCCAUGUGGUUUGCUCUCUUUUAGCUAUACGCCAUUUCCAGAUGUCGGAUUUGCAUUUCUCCGAUCUAAACUUCACUUCUCUCUGCGUGCUGUUCUCUUUUUCUCACGUUCAAAUUCACGGCAUUUUGUGUCUCUCUCCGACGACGGGAGCUUUUCAGACGCUGAAUAUACAGUUUAUUCAUGUGCUAAUAAUUUUAUUAUGCUUUUAAGUUAUGUAUGAUAUUUAAGCCUUUAGAAAUAUAAAUAUAUAGAUAUAUAUAUAUAUAUAUAUGAAUAUAUAUGCAUUCCCUUUGACCUUCAGGUUGAUGCUGUGGGGAGUGUGGAAUUAGCCAUUUCCAUUUUAUUUUAAUGUUUUUCAUUUCCUCUCCUCAAUUCCCGCCUCCUUUUAGAGACUCUACCUGCAGACAGCAUUUAGAAGUGAAACUAUUUAUACCUGCCAGUUUAGACGUUUUCGAUGGAACAGUUUCAGUUGUUUAUGCCCCCCCAAAAAAACAACAAAAAAAACACACACAUGGUACCUGAAUAUGAUCAAAAUAAUCAAGAGGGUAGUUUGAUCUGUGCGUCACAGUCUUUUCAGUCUGCUGUCCUUACUUUAAUCCACUUAAUCCUCUGCCCACCGUGUCUCGUCUUCUCUGUUGAUGAUGAAGGUCAAAUUGGUGUUGUAGCAGCGCUAGGCCUUUUUAAAGAUACAGGCGUCCAUAGCACGUGACCAAGCUUAAAGUUGUGCCUGUUUUUUUGUUUUUGGGGGGUUUUUGUUCUUGUUUUUUGCUCCAAUUAAUGUCUUAAAAGCUUACCCACAACCCCUGGCCCACUUUCCUUUUAAAGCAUCUUCUGAAGAUCGGACCUGUGACUGAUAUCAUCUCAGGAGUUUUCUUUGGGAAAAGCAGAUAAUAGUGGGACACGGUUGAAGAAGACAAUCUCAGCUUGUCCCUUUUUAGACCGGGUACGGAGCCAGAUGGUUUAAAAAUACAUUGCCUGUCUGCUUCUUAAAAGAAAAAAAACUCUGCGAUGUUCAGAGCGUGACGUGGAAGUGUCAGGGCAGCGCAGCGGUUUUAGGACGUUGUUAACGUUCAGCUUAAAAAAGUGAAAGGUUUGCAGUUUUAAGACUGGACACGCUUGCGCUUUCUGCUCCCCUCAGGUUAUUAACAGAUCCAUGUUGCAGAGAUCCUCUGUAAUCUGGUCACAUUACUGGUGACACCGUUAAUCCCGGUGCCCGUGCAGCACACCCCACCUCCCCCUUUCUCUGUGUCCUUGAAACUUUCCCAGAGUCCCCUGUUAUCCGUCUCUCUUAGACGCUCUUCUUCCAGAGGUCGGACACGGGCAGUUCCCGUCAGAGCCUAAUUAUCCCCGCCACCGUGAGAUAAUCGCUUCUGACAGCACAACCCAUCACAUUAGAUCCUCUGCCCCGUCCCUCCACUCUCAACAAACCAGAUACACCCCACACCCGCCUUCCCUGUCUCGCCCUCUGUGUCUCUCUCUUGGCAUUUGUAAAUCUUUUCCCAGGUCUUCUCAUGGGAACCCCCCCCCCACCACCACCACCCCCCCUCAGACUGACUCGGUCAUUUGCCAGAACAAGUCUCGUCUGUGUCGUGUAUGUCGUGCAGUAUUUUAUUUAUUUUGUAUUCAUAUUUCUGUACAUUAUAUUUUUACAUAAUGUUUGAAUUCCAUGACUGAGAGUGUGUGAGUCUCUGGGAACUGAUGCUAUAUGACUUUAUUUAAUGUGUAUUUUACUUUUUUUUCCCUGCCAGCAUCACAACUUCUCAGAAAGGUGUUGUGUAGUCACUCAUAAAUGGAAAUGCCGUGUGUGUGUGUGUGUGUGUGUGUUUUCUCUGGAGCUGACUUGGGUAAUAUUUACAAUAAGGGCACAAAACACAUGCGUUAUUAUUACGCGCUUGAUUUAAUGCGCUUCGGGUUCCUGCUGCUUACCGUUAAGAAAUGACCGAGUCGGUGUGAGUGAGCACCCGAUGGGUUGUCAGUAAACUGUUUAAUGAAGAGUUGCUGUAGAUAUUCGUUGAAAUAUUGCUUGAUUCUGUCAGGAAUUUAAAAGUUUUUCUAUUCAAGUGGCGGUCACGUGCAGGUUUGCUGCUUUGGCCAGGCGGAAGCAAAACCUUUCAGAGCCUUUAGUGUCAAAAGAUUUAAAGCCUUUCGCCAUGUUCCCACAGCUGCCGUUAAGCUUUAGCUCAUCUCAGUGAAACAUUAAUCCCCCUUCAAUAACAACAAGAAACUAUAAUAAAAAAGAAGAAAAAGGUUCAAAUUGACAACAGAGGUAAGAUCACCCCAACCGCAGCAGAUCAGCUGAUUUCAAAGCCAGACCCAGUCACCUGAAGCAUCUGCAGGCCGCUUUGCAACCCACCUUAAUCUCAGCUCCAUCUUUAACACAGCGCCUGACAUAAUCUCACAUCUCCAGUUCUCCAUCUAUGUGUAAGCAAGGAAGGUCUCAACACAGAGCCACAGCAGCAAAGAUAAAUGAUUGCAGGAAUAAAAAUUUAAAAUUAUAUUUUGGAUUUAGUGAUCCUCGCUUAAACAGCUGUUUAAGUUUAACCACCCGUUUUCUCUGUUCAAAGAAAACGUGUAUUCAAAUGGGAUUAUUUUUGUUUGUGUGUUUUGUGGCAGGAUUUUCAGAUUGCAGAGAGUCUCCAACCAUAACUGUAGGCAAAGAGGAACCGCAUUAUUUAUGAUAUUAUUACCAUUAUGUCAAUAUUUAACUUUGCUGUUUUUUGUUUUGUUUUGUUUUGUUUUGUUCUUUUGAUGGUUGUCACCCAUGAGAACCAUGUCACGUAGGCAGGAAGCUGCAUGCGAGAGCAUUCGUUGUGGAAAUCGUGUGGAUUUCACUCCCAAAGUGAACUGUUGCUGUUCGCUCGCGGCUCAGACUCGGUGAGUUGAUCGUUUCUGGGCAGCAGGAACUACGUGAGCCUGUGCGUUUGUGCCUUUAUCUCAGCUCCGCUGGCUUGCUUUGCUGGUGAAACCUUCGGUCCUUCACGUUCUCUCCCGUCAGUUUUAUAACUAAGCAGCAGUGUUUGGAUACUUGAUGAGGUGGUCACAGUAACUGAAUGAAUCCCAUCACCGUCUUAAUUUAUUGAAACGUCUGUCAUGGCGCUUGUUGGGCAGCAGGUCACAAUGGCAACAUGAAGUAGGAGAAGAGACCGUGUUGAAUGUGUUUGUGGUGAAGGCGGGGAAAGGUCCGAUCCUCCUCCACCUCCUUCAGGUGUCCGCUGCUCCCUCCUCCUGUGGUUUCAUUCGCGGCAAAUGUUUAGGGCGAAGCAGUCUUUAUUGAGCUGGGUUUAUUUCACUCUAACAAACAGGAUGGAUAAGCACAAGGUCGCGGCUUUCUCAGUCCCUCCUCAGCAACACACACACACAGAACAUAUGGAAUAAGGCCACUUUUGUUUUUUUUAAAGCAGUAGUUACUCCUAAGUGUGUGUUCAAAAGAACUCCACAGUCAGCCUCGACAAGCAACUCAACUCUUUGGUUGUCAUGACCUUAAACAAAAGGGAAAAAUCAGCGACGUGUAUAUUAUGUUCGUGUGGAACCCUGAAAACUGAAAGAUUCAGAUCCAGACAUGGGUGUUUGAUGUCCGUUUGUAUGCUUUUGUGCGUCGAUUCAGAGCGAGAGAAUAAAAUAAUUUAUAUAUUUUUUAGAAAAUGGAAGCUGUACUAUUAUUUAAAAAACAAAAACUAACCAAAAAAAAAAACAGGGAAAAGAAAAGAAAAAAAAUACGACCGUGGCCAAUAACGAGUUCCACGCUAUGAAAACGAUAUCAAAGUCAGACUUGAGACGACAUCUGCACUCACUGCCUUAAAACAUUCACAGGUUCUGUUUCGUGGCUCCAAUCUGGAAAACAAACCUAAAAGGAGGGAAAGGAGAAGACGGUGUACAGUUAGACCCGUGUCAGUUUGUACAAAUAUACCAAGUGGGAAAAAAAAUAUUUAUUACCUGCAUUGGACGAAAUUGUUUACUUAUUGAAUGUUACUUGUUUAUGUAGAAAAGUUUAGAUGUAAUAAAAUGCAUUCUGCUA